AUGCCGAGCACAAACAUAUUUACAGCGCUUUGCAGAUAUGCAGGGUUUGGUGGAGAAGAGCGUUCAGAUGUGAGGACAGAAGAGAUUGAAAUGGCGGUUUCUGAAAUACUAAAGAGAGCAAGAAUCACGGAUCUUGAGGAGUAUAUUAGGAGCUACAAAUACAUGAGAAGUGGCAUGAAUGCAUGGCAAGAGAAGCUUAUAUUCAGGAGCAGAAGAUGCUUGUUAUCUGAGAGUGUGUUCAGAUGCAAUGUGAGACUACUCGGUCAUUUUGGCCAAGUUGAAAGAGUCUGCUUUGACCAAGGAAAUAGGUUUUUUAUGUCUGGAGGGGCUGAUGGCAUGGUGAAGCUGUGGGAUGCAUUUACUGGGUUUCUUGUGCACAGCUUCAUAGGACAUCAAAGUCUUGUGAAUGAUAUUUGUGUUAGCAUGGAUGGUCGAUUGCUAGUUUCAUGCGAUUCGCUUGGCUUGCUCAAUGUGUGGAGCCUUGAUGGAUUUAAAUUGCUUUUUGAGCUGCGCCAUGAAUGCGAGAUUAUAUUUGCGGAGUUUUUUGAUUUAGGAUCAACAAGAAUGUGCAUAAACGGGAAUGAAGAGUGCAAGAGAUCUGUGUAUGGGCUGGUUGUUGUUCUUGCAAAAGGGAGUGUUAAGAUAUACAAGAUUGACGAGACGGGAGUAGUGGAUGAGCAUGAGAAUAUGUGCUUGGUUGGCGAGAUAAUAAAGGGAAUCUGCUUUACGGAGGGAGGGCGAUUUCUUCUGUGCAGUGGCUGGUGGCCAUUUCUUGUUGUGUUUGACAUGCAGUUUCCUGAGGGAUGUGUGAUUCUCGAGACGAAUGGAAUGCCUGUGAAUACAAUAUGUGGGGCAAAGAAUGGAUUGAAAAUUGCAGCAGCAUGCGAGAGCCAGGUGUUCCAGUGGACGUUCUUUUCUGAAGGGAUGCCUGGAAUGGGCAACUUCAAGCGACGGGCGAAGGAUCUGUCGUUGGCAGGGCAUUGGAAGAAGUGUGCAGUGAGAGUGGAGAUGAAUGAAGGGGAGUCUAUUGAAAGGAUGUGCUACUUGAAGGACAAUUUUUUGGUUUGUGUGUGCACGGACAUGAAGAUCCGGAUUUUUGCAGGUACAGAGCUGAGAUGUGUGAUUGAGGCACGCGAGAUGGGAGUGCCUUAUCCACAUCCUUUGGAAAACACGUUUGUGAUUAGUGGAGCACAUUUGAGAAUGUAUGACAUGGACAAGGUGGUGUAUGAGGAGCCAUUGAACUUUAUGGUAAAUGACGCGCAAUUUUCAAGCGAUGGUGAAUGUUUUGUGAUGAGUGAUGAAAGAGGGAUAGUGAGAGUGCUUACUGCGAGACAUGUUGAAGAGCCACCUCAGAUGCAGUUUUUCCGCAGUGACCUUGAUCACAUUAAUUCUACAGGCUGGAGUGGGCAUAUUGAGUGCAAUAAUGAAGCAACAUAUGGAUUAAAUGGAGAAGUAAAUGCACGAUGGACAAAGAUUGAAUAUAGCAUAAGCAUGCGAACGAAUUGUUGUGUUGCGAUUGAGGAUCUGGGAGCAAAGCAUUUCUUGAAAGAUCGUGUGGAGUUGGAAGCGUUCCGCAGGAAGUAUAUGAAUGUGCCUAUGCCUGGAGACAUACAGAUGGUGAGUUCGCAAGUACUAAGUUCAGCAGAAAGUAGUGAGGAUGAAAGCGAAUAUAUUGAGGAUACAUCAAGCACUGACUCAGAAGAUGAGAUACUGCAAUCCAGUGACGAGGUGGUUAACGCAGUGACUGAGAAUAGAAUUCCUCUGCGACGGUUUAUGAUUGAAAGCGAGUCGUCAUCUGACGAAGGGGCUAUGCUGGUGAGAAGGGCUGGUAUGCCAGAGCAAGUAGUCGGGCUUCAAGGAAGAUUGCGAAGGUUUAACAGGCCAGUGAUGUAUAGCACACAUAUACAGGCAGAAGAUCAAGGGAUAAGGAUACUGAGAAGAAAUCAAAGGAAUGAAGCAGUUUCCAGACGUAGGUCAAGUAGAGUGAAUGAUAGGAAUAGAACAGAUACAGGUAACAGAGAAAUGGAGAAUACAAGAUUGAUGAGUGUACAGGGAGUAUCUGGAUUGACACAAUAUGUACAAUCAUGGUUUUCGUCUCUAAGCUUGAUUCCACAGUCUGGAGACAUUGUUUAUGUUGAUUGUGAUGGAUUACGGCGAUUUGAAGAAUUUGAGUCGAGAAAGAUAUUUAGGCAUUCAGGUGUACAAACGGGAUACUAUACAGUUAGAGAAGUAAAUAUUGUUAGGAAUGAACCGCCAUUUGUCAAGGUAGAGCUUGAAAAAGAGGGGCGUGUAUGUGUGAUAAAGUACUAUAGAUAUCCAGGAUGGCAACCUAUUAUGUUAUUAAGAGAGCAGGUUGAGAUAAAAGAGAUGGAUGAGUUGAGAUAUAUUCAAGAUGGAAUGGUGUGUAAUGGACGAGUUGUUGGAUUUCGAGAUGGAAUGGUGAUAUUGGAUUGUGGGGGAGGAAGUGUGAUGGUUGAUAGAUCUGAUGUGCUUGUAUAUAAGGAGGUGAUUAGUGGAGAGAAGCAGAAAGAGAUAUUGGAGAUACUUAAACAGCGAAGAAUGUAUAGGAAUUUGUAUGUGACGUUGAGAAGGGAAUCGAAUACGAUAUAUUAUGAGAAUGUUGGAUCCACAGUGAAUCUUGGGAGUGUUGAAGAAAGGAUUCGAAAUGGGGUUUAUCGAACGCUUGCAGGGCUUAAGUUUGAUCUAGAUCUUGUAAUUGGGAAUUCUGUGUAUCUAGGAGAGGCAGUGCACGGAUACUGUAAGAUUGUUGUAGAUGAGAUUAUGCAUGUGAUGCAUGGAUAA